CAAAUGCCCUCUCGGGACUGAUCCAGAGCUUGUUGAUGGAUUUCGGAGCCCAGUCUCGGUGUCCCAAGGCCAAUCCGGUGCCACUGACGUCACGCUGCGACUUUCCAUAAAAGCGGCAGUGGUCACCCCACUGCUCAACUCUGGACUCAGGACAUCUUCUAGGAGGUCAGGGAGAGGCUGACAACUUGUUGGUCUCCACAGGACGGCAGUGAGUGUGUUCCACGUGGGGAGAAGAUGGUGGCCCUUCCUGGAACUCUCCCGACUCUGCUCCUGCUCUGGGCCUCCGUGUCCACCCAAGUCUCCUCCAUCUCCUUGCACCAUACCAGCACAGGAGGUAUCUGCCAUGGGCCCUGUGGGUACCAAAAUUACGAUUAUACCUGGUGCUGGCAGAUCGGGAAUUCCGGGAGGAAAUGGGAUUACUGCUCUUUGAAGAACGGGCUGGAAUACAAGGGUCGCCACUGUGCGUCGCCUUGCGACUCCUGGGGCGAAAAGUACCGAUUCUGCUACUUACAGGAUGGUUCCUGGGGCUACUGUGGGCUGAUCACCGAGGAGGUGCACCUCGAGUUCUCCCUGAACCACCAGAUCUGCACCUCCGCCUGUCGCAUGAGCGGUGGCAACUUCAAGUGCGACACGGCCCAGGGCCACGAGGCUUGCACCCCCUUCGCCGACAUGACCAGCUCCGGCCUCCCCUGCCACCCCAACUUCCGCUGCAGCCGUUACGGCACCACGGAGCUGCGCUGCCACACUGACAGCCACGGGGAGGGCUGGGGCUUCUGCGGGUCUAGGAAAGACACCUUCUGCUCCUGGAAGGUAGGGGAGUCACCCAAGAACUGCACCCUCGGCUACCUGGACGGGAAGGAUCGAGUCGCCUUCCACAGGGAGGUGCAGGAGGAUCUGAAGAAACCGGACAGCGAGCAGUUCCAGGAAGCCGUGCGCCUCAUAGACAGCAUCAAUUCGUCCGCCUUCCUCCCAGCCAACGAGGAGGCCGCCUUGGUGCAGUUUCAGCAGGUGGACGAAGCCAGUUGCAAUGGCCUCGACUACACCAAGCUGGAGUUGCAGGUGGACAGGCUCUCCAACCCCAAAACCAUCGCCCGGGUGAUCUUCCCCGGGCAGCUGAAUGAGGUUGGCUUCCUCCGUCUGGCCCUCUAUGCCAGCCUUCACAGCGCCUUCUACAAACCCGGCUAUGCUGUCCUCCUGUCCCUCUGGGAGAACCAGGACUGUCCCUCCUUCUUCUAGCGGGGGACCCCGCCCAUCCCUCCUGCCCCCACGAUCCGUCUCAGCCAUCCCAGGGCAAGGGGAUGCUACUCCUCCAGGCCUCCCGCAGCUGAGCCUCGGCCCCAGAUCCUCUAGCUCCUCCUCUCUCUUGCCUCUGGCCCUCUCUCCUCCUUUUCCAGGCCCGAAAGCCCGCUCCAGCCAGGAACCUACCCCCAUCUGCCCUACGGGAGGAAUCUCGAUGGGGGAUUGGGUGGGGGGACAGUUUCUCUUCAGGGCCAGAUGACUGUCCCUUCGUGAUUGCUUGUAACCUUCUCGUCCUCACAACAAUUACGUUCAUGCCACCAUG